AUGAGCUCUCCUAACGUCGAGCGCCGUCGGUCAUCCUCUUCCAAUCCCAGGGAAAAGUUCCCAGACUUGGACGCCUCCCAAUCCGGAGACUGUCUUCCCGAAUACGAUGAGAGCGAAACUGGUAGAAAUCGAUCCGUUAGAACAUUAAGCCCCGCAAAAACGAACGGCGUACUACACAGCGAACGGUGGCAGACACGGAAGGAUAACCAUCUGGCAUGGGGAGACGGCCACCUCAACGUUGCGGGUCCUAGAAAACAUGGCCGGCAUAGGAGUAUCGGUGAUGCCUUCAGGAACAUUCGUACCAGGAAAGCUAGCGUCAGUGAAAAUGCACAUGAGAUUGCGGAGGCAUUGAAAGCUCCUAUAUCUCUUAAGAUUUUAGUGCUCUGCCUUAUCUGGUACUUGAGCUCGGCCUUGACCAAUACUUCCUCCAAGUCCAUUCUCAACGCUUUUCCCAAACCGAUCACUCUGACUAUUAUACAAUUCGCCUUUGUCUCCGGAUGGUGCCUAUUCUUCGCAUCCCUAUCUCGUCUUUUUCCUCCUCUACAGACUGCUAUUCCAGCCUUGAAAAACGGCAUUCGAUACCCUAGUCGGGAAGUAAUAACUACUACUAUGCCUCUCGCUCUUUUUCAGAUCGGUGGACACAUCUUAUCCUCUACAGCUACGGAGAAGAUUCCAGUAUCUCUGGUCCAUACUAUCAAGGGCCUCUCACCGCUCUUCACGGUCCUAGCUUACCGCUUCGUCUUCCACAUCCACUACCCUACAGCAACAUACCUCUCGCUCAUACCUCUGACACUCGGUGUCGUUCUAGCCUGUAGUGUCGAGUUCUCGGGCAACCUUUUUGGCGUUCUCUGCGCUUUCGGCGGAGCCCUCAUCUUUGUCACGCAAAACAUCUUCUCAAAGAAACUCUUCAACGAGGCCGCCCGCGCGGAAGCUGAUGGACCCGGUAUGGUUGCAGGGCAACGCAAGCUCGACAAGUUGAACCUACUUUGCUACUGUUCCGGCCUCGCCUUCGUCCUCACUUUCCCCAUCUGGUUAUGGACCGACGCUCUCCCUCUUUAUUCCGCACCACUAUCCCUCACGCCUCACACUACCCCAUCCCCCUCGCCUGCAUCUUCAAUGUACCUACCCCUCGAAUUCUUCUUUAAUGGAAUAUUCCACUUCGCACAAAACAUGCUCGCCUUCAUCCUCCUCUCCCUCGUGUCUCCGGUCACUUACUCAGUCGCCUCCCUCAUCAAACGUGUUUUCGUCAUUGUCAUAGCCAUUUUCUGGUUCGGUAAUAGCACAACAUCACUACAAGCUGCUGGCAUUGCUCUCACUUUUCUUGGACUGUACCUUUACGAUCGUACAAGCGACUCGGCAAAGGCGAGCCAAAGGGCUAAGAUGGAGUCCUUGAGCAUUGACAAGCCCUUGCUACCACUGAGUAAUAAGGAUGCCAUUUUCGACGAGUCACCGAUGAGUACAUUUUCGAGCAACAUGUUUGGAAAUGCCAACGGCCAUGUCAUUGGGGAUGAUAAGAAAAUAGAUGCUGCUGGGCCGGGCCGGCCAAGAGCAAGGAGUCAGGCUAGCAAUUCGUGGCGACAGCCAGGAACAAGGUAG